AUGCCACGCGGACGGGCGCGACUUCCGUCCCGCUCAGGCCCGGGGUGGGACCCCCAGAGCUCAAGUCCCUCCGAGGCCUAUAGACAGCGCGUGUCCUUCCCCAAGGCGCGCGCCGCCCUCGUGAGGGCUUGGACGAACGCUCAAUGCACUCGUGUCGCAUCCGCCACCAGCGGUCGGCAGCGUACGGCCCACUCUGGCGACGUGGGCAGCUUUGCUCGACUGCAUAAUCACCAUCCCGCUCGGGACUGGGGCGCUCGACGAACUGUCAGUACCCCUACCCAGUGGGGCCCCAAACCCUCCUCGCGCACGCCACGUCGGGCCCCGACCUCGGGUCCGCGUGAGGGGCGGACGUCUUCAUUGACGGACGCCCUGCGUGACACCACCCCACAAGGGGUGUUGUCGAACACCUUCCGGGCACUUAGCGCCCCCGCAUAUCCACAGACCAUCGCCAGGGACAGCGCAGGCCUCUUCGUGGCCCCUGGGAUUAGUACCCGCUGCAUUGUUGCGGCGGGGAAGCCAACUGCGCUCGUGUCGGCGGACGUCGACAUCCUGCAGGGCAAUCGUUUGAGCGCACGCUGUAGCAGGGCCGCAUGUUCCUCCGGCGAGUGCGCUCGCUGCCCUCCCGAUCGCCGUACCCUGGGCCAAUGUGCCCUGUCGCGGGAGCGACGACGCCGCGCGUCGGCCCGAUACGGCGCUGCUCACAAGUGCGGCAUACGACCGGGCUCAGCGACGUGCGCGGCAGGUCGCCUCGGGACGACGCUGCACACCGCGGCAUACGCACCGGGCGACCUCGCGCCGCCAGCGUACAUCGCUCCACUUUACUGUCUCUGCCAUGCGUGCUUCAAGAUGACCGACAAUACUGUGUGCCUCAAGAUUCCCGGGGUACGGGUCGCGCACGCGGCCCUGGCGCAGGCCUUUCCGUGGCCCCCGGGAUAA